AUGAUAACACCUGUAUUUGUAGUAAUGCAAGAUGACACUUUCAUUACAAUUAAAAUGAAAACACCUUAUAUAAAGGUGAAUGAAAUUGAAAUUUAUUGUGAAGGACCUGAUGUUUCAUUUUAUGCAAAACCUUAUUACUUACGACUUCAUUUUUCAAAUAAUUUAAUUGAGGAUGAUAGAAUGCAUACAUCAUAUGAUAUAUCAAAUGGUGACGUGAUAAUUAAACUGGCAAAAGAGAAUACGGGAGAAUAUUUUCCGGAUCUGGACUUUUUAACAAAAUUAUUGGCACCUAGAGCUAGAAAUCAAGAUUUACCAUCAGAGAAACCAUUAAUAGAAGUUAUUGGAGAAGAUAUUAAUGGAGAAGAUAGCAAUAGUAAUGAAGAAAAAAUUUUUUUAGAAUCAUUAGAAAAUCAUCAAAAAGGAGUCAAGGAUAAUAGUAAUAAUGAGAUUGAUAAUGAGAUUAUUGAUGACAAACUUUUCAAAAUUAUGGAAUAUGCUGAUAAAUAUGAUUGGGAAUUGCCACAAGAAUUUCCAGAUGAGAAGGAGUUAGUGUUAACUGCAAAAUAUGGAUUUAAUGGACUUUAUUCAGGUUAUUUUACUCAUGUAAAAGAAACUUAUAAUGAAAUCAAUGAAAUCAAUGAUCCAGAACGAUCAACAGCUCAGUCACGUCUUCGAGAUAGAAUUAAUGCGGAAAACACAAAAUUUAAUCCAGACAUUUAUAUAGCUGAUUUUAUGCAAGUUGAUGAGUUUAUACAUUUGAUAAAAUAUAAAACUAAAUGGUCAUUGAGUUUAGAAAAAUUAAAUAAAAUCAGAGAGAUAAUAGAUGGUAACAAGGAAAAAAGGGAUGAUGAUCUUGAUAUUGAUGAAAUUUUGGAAUUUACAGAGCAAGAAUGUAAAAUCAUGAGAAAUCUUAUUGAUAAUGUUGGAUCAAUAUAUUAUGGAUUAAUAGAUUUAAUAUUUGCAUAUAGCUAUAAUCAUAGAAUUAAUGAAGGAGAAAAUAAUGUGGAAUCAGCUUGGACAAUUGGAAAAAUAAGCCCAACAAUAUCAUGCCUUGAGGUUUUUAAUAAUAUUGAAGAAUUAAUCUUGUCAUUGUUUCAUCGUACAUUAGCUUAUCCAUUAUAUAGAAAUUUUGAAUUAUCAAAAAAAUGUCUUGAAGAUGUUUAUGUAUUAUUGGAGCUUGGUAGGCGAGCAAUAUUAAAAGUAUUAUUGGAAUUAAAAUAUUUAUUUGAUCAUCAUGAUACUUAUUAUAUUUAUUCAAAAAUUAUUUUGGAUGAUUAUUGUAUUUGCGAUGAAUUAAUUAAAUCUUUAGCACAUAUGAUUUAUAAUUAUAAAAUUAAUAAAACAAGCAUUGGAUGGCAUUUGGAAGAAUAUGAGAAAUUGGCAUUAGAAGAUCAACUAGAAUCUGAAACUGAUAAUUAA